AUGGGCGCAAGCGACUCCAAGAUUGUCUUCAAACAGGGCAUCUUCAAGCUCUCUGAGGAACGCCAUAUUCCUGCAGACGAUCCGUAUUGGACAUCGUUUUGGCAACUCCCAGAAUCCUCCGAGGAUGUUUUUAGCCUGUUUUCGCCAAACGACAUUCGAAGGACGCGGGACAAGGCCUUGGAAAACAUUGAAACGCUGAUACUGGCCUUGACAUCACGCCUGUUCCUCCUACGGCACCAUCCAUCGUUUCCCGACCCCGAGCUCGCGCCGGAGAAGGAUGCCCUGAACUGCAUCAGGGUAUUGACCCGACUUUUGCCAUAUCUAUACGAGAAGGAAAGCCUCAGCAGCUGGCAGGAACGUUUCUUUUGGGGGCCACGCCAAAAAAAGACCCGUCGUGCCGUCAUCGCCAACGAGGUCCUCUUUGAUGAAGCCGACAGCGACAGGCAAGAAACGAAACCCAGAACCGAGGAGUACGAAGAAGCCAAACCCCUAGCCGAAGAGCUGAUAGACACCCUGAUAGACCUGCUCUUUUAUUCGGAUCUUACCAUUACCCGUCAACCUCAUGGCCACGCCAAGGUCACCUACGCCAUUUGGCAGAGCGGCGUUGGGUGUAAUAAUGCCGUUGCAACAACAAAGGAAUUUGAGAGUAACCGUGCCGAGAUACUGCGGCUGCUGCUGGCAUUGGCCGGGCAGAGCAUGUACUCGAGCCCCGGAGUCCUGGCCCAGUCUGGGACGAGGACGCUGACAUAUCUGUGUACUUGCCAGGACAAGCAAAUAGUCUUGUCCGUCUUGUGCUCUCUUCUCAACACGACGCUCAAAUUCAACCCGGCAAGCUGGCGAGUUCCCUACAACACAUUGGGCUUCCGCGAUGCCAAACAAAUAUUAGUAACGUAUUCGCUCGAAUUCAUGCUCGCUCUGCUGGUAUACCCGAUCCCGGAACAGUCCUCUCAACUGGCGGCGAUGCCGUCCAAGAACUUUUACCGACACUUUCUGGGUCGUCUGCACCGGCCGCAAGACUUUCAGUUCAUUGUGGACGGCAUGUCGCGGAUCCUCAGCCAGCCACUCCAAGAAAAGACGUCAUACCUGCCGGGAACGCACACAGCGACCAACUUUGCACCGGAAAUCCUGAUGCUGUUUUGGGAGAUGACACAGUGCAAUAAGCGGUUUCGGUCCUUCAUCAUCGACACGGACCGAGUGCACGACUUUGUGGUGUUGACGAUAUUCUACGCUCUCGAGUACAAAAACGAGCCCGCCAAACAGGGCGUCGUGCGCAUGUGCGCAUUCCUGCUGCAGACGCUGAGCGUCGACUCCAAGUUUGGUCCCAGCCUGAACAAGCCAUUCGAGGGACAGGAGAGCCUGCCUGUAGGAAUCCGGAUCAACAGUUUCAGGGGCACGUACUGCGAUUUCCUGAUUCACUCCAUCUACAGCCUCAUCACGUCAAGUCAGGGCAGUUUUACCGCCAUCUACCCGGCCCUGUUGGCUGUCAUUAACAACAUCUCGCCAUACAUCCGGGACCUGGGUGCGGCAGGCAGCUCACAGCUCAUGCACCUCUUCACGUCCAUGUCAUCGCCCUCGUUCCUCCUGGCCAACGAGACCAACUAUCAACUUUUGCAUUCACUCAUGGAGUCCAUCAGCGCCAUCAUUGACAACAACCACCGCAGAAACCCCGAGCUCCUGGUAGCCAUUAUCAAGAACCGAAAGCGAAUCGAGGCGCUGCGGUCGUUUACGCUGGAAAGCGGCCAGGAGGAGAUUGAGCGAAGGAGCCGGAUGAGAAAAGAUCGUGCCGACUCGGUCGACUCUGCCUCUGUGCGAAGCUCGCUCGAUAGCGCACGCAGCCCGCCGGUUGCGCCGACCAAGUCUCCGGUGCUGGAUGAAGUGCCCGAAGACGGCACCUUUGCCAUUGGGGAUUCCGACGACGACAGCGAUGAGGAUCCGCAACCGACCCCCGCGCAGUCGACGGCGAGCGAGAACCAGUCACAGGCGUCCUCAGUUGGCAACUUUGACGAGGCUGUUCCGACCCAACUGCGCGGCAUGUCAGAAAAGGCCCGUGGCAAGAUGCCCGCCGGGAGCCGCUCGUUCUCGAGGCAGAACAGCACCACUAGUCUUGGUGGACAGUCGUCGUCGGCAAGGACGCAGAGCGGAGCCGGCUCAUUCGAGCCCACGUCGCAGUGGAUUGAUGGCUGGCUGCCUGAACUGCCACUCCACAGCAUCUUGACGGUGAUUCAGCAAGUCUCCAGCCUGUUGCCUCGUCAGGCCGGCCGGGAGGCAGCGGUGACCCCAGAGGUGGCUCGCCGCAUCCGAGAGAUUGACCUGGUCGGCAUCGAACCGUCCCCGGCUCGGGUGCACUCCUUCGAGUGGUCUCCGCUUGCUCUGGGCUGGUACGAGUCACUGCUGUGGGGAGUCAUCUUCUCCAACGAGAUGCAGAUAGCAAAGGGGACCAUGGGCAUCUGGAGCGGCACGGCCAUCAAGCUGUUUCGUGUGCAGGAAACCGCACCGGCGGGACCUACGUUGACUUCUCCCAGGGGAGCGGUGGACGCCGUCGGCAGCAACAUUGUGUCUCGCAUCGGCCAAAUCAACCUGCGAGGGGGCCAAACACCAGCACCAAGCACCAAUCCGGGCGGCACCUCACCAAGGACUGGACCGUGA